AUGACGGGGCCCGGUUACAUCACCAAGAACGGCGGUGCCCAACGACUUGGACAGGGUGUAACCAAGAAUCGGAAGGCAACCCACACUGGCGGAGGACGUGCAUGGAGUGAGGCCGAGGAGCAUUACCUCGUCGAGACUCGCCUCCAGAAGGUGCCUUACAAGCAAAUCGCUGUGCACCUUAAUAAGACGGAGCUCGCAUGUCGCCUGCACUACCAUCAAAUCACCACCGGUCGACGAAAGGAGUCCAUAUCGGAGUCCUCUCCUGAGAUGGCCACCCCGGGCCUCCUUUCGACUGCUCCUCCGGUUCUCCCCCCGGCUUCCCAGCUGCCGAGUGAACACGUCUCGAUGCACAGGAGAGCCGAGAGCUACAGCUCUUCAUCAUCUGGCAGCUCAGUCCAGCUCCCCAGCAUCGUCGACAACUGGGCGUUCCCCACACUACCUAUCAUCUUGCCCAAGCCUGCGGCCAUGCCUGAUCCGACUUCACAGUCUGUACCCCGAUACCGCGAGGACCUGGUCUAUCUGGAGCUUCAUCCUCAGGCCCCUCAACAUCAUCAUGAAAUGCAUGGAGGUUUCUCUCUGCCGUCCACCGCGACGCAGCCACCUGCACGGGUUGACGUUUCUCGUCUCCAUGCCAUAUAUAACACUCACCGUGCUACUUUUUGGGAUGCAGUGGCCAGAGAUUACGGCCUGAACGCGUCGCCCGACAUGUUGGAGACGGCGUGGAAGCUCAACCAACGAUCACAGUCUGCUAUGCCUCCCACACCCGCAACCAGUCCCAAAGCCGAGUUGAGGCGGGACAGCAACUCAGAUAGGACGAGCAUCGCGUCUAUUCUGGGGACGAAUGCUCCCGUUACUCCUCCUGGUCAGUGGUGA